CUCAAUUGACUAGCAGAUCCAUGAGGGCUAUCAACGGGAAGCAUUUCUCUGUGAGCAGUCCAACCCUGUAGCCCCCGAGAGAAGGGCAAAAGAAACCGAACGUGGCAGUCCCCACUGAAGUACAACAUGAGAAAAUAGGGGAAGCUGAUGCCCAAAGCAAGCCUCUGAAAGUCAACCGGUUUAAUAUAUAAGUCUGAUUUGUGAAACCUCUGGGUGGGGCUAAUGAUGACCCACGAAUGACGAAACAUCAUCUUCUACAGAGUCCCAACUUUUAAUUUUCACCUUUUUCAUUUUUAUAAUUGAAUUGGUGAACAGAAAGCUUGAGCUUCGUUCACAUGAGCAGCUCAUGGAAAUGGGUGUUGCAGGGGUUUUUGCAUUGUGGUCCAUUUUCCUAGCUUCAAUCUCUUCCACAACUGCUGCAACUGACACCUUGGGGCCAGGCCAGUACCUCAGAGAUAAGCAGACCUUGGUCUCCUCCAGUCAACGCUUUGAACUGGGGUUUUUCAGCCCUGGAAACUCUGGUAAUAGGUACUUGGGAAUAUGGUACAAGAACCUGCCACUCACUGUUGUAUGGGUCGCCAACCGGAACCGAUCAAUUGCCGGUUCGUCCGGCGCAUUGAGCGUUACUUCCGCUGGGGAGCUUCUGCUUCGCAACGGGACGGAGUUGGUCUGGUCCUCGAAUUCCACGAGUCCGGCGAAUGGUUCUGUGGUGUUGCAGCUGUUGGACUCGGGCAAUCUUGUUGUGAGAGAUGGAAGCGAUACUUCGGACGACUACGUUUGGGAGAGUUUUGAUUAUCCGUCAGACACGUUGUUGCCGACGAUGAAGCUGGGAUGGAAACUGAAGACGGGUCUGCAUAUGUACCUGACGUCGUGGAAGAACGCCGACGACCCAUCCGCUGGAGACUUCUCGUACAGCUUGGACGAUCCCGAUUCACCUCAAUUGGUUUUGCGAAAAGGGUCGGAUAAGCAGUACCGGUGGGGUCCGUGGGAUGGGGUCAGGUUCAGUGGCAGCCAAGAGUUCAGAGCGAACGCUGUUUUUACCCCAAAGUUUUUCUCCGAUACAGAGGAGGUGUAUUACACGUUCAUAGUCACAGAUAAGUCGGCUCUUUCUAGAUCCAUAGUUACCCAAUUUGGUCUAAUUCAGUAUCUCUAUUGGAACAAUGGCACUAAAGAGUGGUCAACGACGGUGACUCUUCAGAGGGACAACUGUGAUCGGUAUGGCAUGUGUGGGCCUUAUGGGAAUUGCUACUCCGGUGAUCCCAGUUGCAGGUGCAUGAAGGGAUUUUCACCCAAGUCCCCGCAGUCCUGGGAUAUGUUGGAUUGGUCGGGUGGGUGCGCUCGGAAGAGAGAGCUGGACUGCAAUAAAGGAGACGGAUUUGUGAAGUAUAAGCCACUGAAGUUGCCUGAUAAUUCGCAUCUCUGGGGGAAGAGCAGUGUGAGCUCUGAGGAUUGCAGGGCCAAGUGUUUGAGGAAUUGUUCUUGCAUGGCUUAUACUAUCAUUAACGUCCAUGGGAAUGGAGGCGAUUGUGUUGCCUGGUUCGGUGAUUUAGUUGAUAUGAAAGACUUUUCUGAAGGUGGAGAAGAGCUUUACAUUCGAAUGGCAAGGUCUGAAAUAGAGGCAAUUGCUGAUGCUAAGAGGAAGAAACUAGUGGAGAUGAUCAUUGCCAUUGUCAUAUCAAUAGUUUCUGGGAUAUUUAUUUUAGGUUGCAUUGGAUGGGGAAUUUCUAGGAUGAGGAGGAGGGCAAAAAGAACAGCCAGGGAGUUUGACAGUCAAAGAGAUUCUAAAGAAGAAGAUCAGGGAGAAGAUCUAGAAUUACCUCUUUUUGAUCUGGAAGUAAUUUCUGGUGCUACAAAUAGAUUCUCCUUUGAAAAGAAGAUUGGACAGGGUGGCUUUGGUCCUGUAUACAAGGGAGAAUUACGUACCGGUCAAGAAAUAGCAGUGAAGAGGCUGUCACAAAGUUCUGGGCAAGGCCUUGAAGAGUUCAAGAAUGAGGUUAUUUUGAUUUCAAAACUUCAACACCGUAACCUUGUUAAGCUCUUGGGAUGCUGCAUUCAAAGAGAAGAAAGGAUGCUAAUUUAUGAGUACCUGCCUAACAAAAGCUUGAACUACUUCAUAUUUGAUCAAACUGGAAGAAAGUUACUGACUUGGAAGAAGCGCUUUGACAUUGUUCUGGGAAUUGCACGAGGACUACUUUAUCUUCAUCAAGACUCCAGGCUGAGAAUCAUUCACAGGGAUCUCAAAACCAGCAACAUUUUACUAGACAGUGAGAUGAACCCCAAAAUUUCAGAUUUUGGCAUAGCAAGAAUCUUUGGAGGAGAUCAAAUGGAAGAGAAGACCAGAAGAGUAGUUGGAACAUAUGGGUACAUGUCUCCAGAAUAUGCAUUGAAUGGGCAGUUUUCAGUGAAGUCAGAUGUAUUCAGCUUUGGUGUUAUAUUGCUAGAAAUUGUAAGUGGCAAGAAGAAUUGGGGUUUUUAUCACCCUGACCAUGACUUCAACCUCCUAGGACAUGCAUGGAAAUUGUGGAAUGAAGGGAUUCCAUUGGAACUGGUGGAUGUACUGCUGGAGGACUCAUUUUCUGCUGAUGAAAUGGUAAGAUGUAUUCAAGUGGCCCUUUUGUGUGUGCAGCUACGCCCAGAAGACAGGCCGAUAAUGUCAUCUGUGGUAUUUAUGUUGAGUAAUCAGAGUGCAGUAGCUGCUCAACCCAAGGAACCUGGUUUUGUUACUGGAAAUACUUACAUGGGGACAGAUUCAUCCUCAACUGGAAAAAAUCUUCAUACUGGCAAUGAGUUAACUAUUACAUUGCUGGAUCCACGAUAAAAAGGAUUGUUUCAGUGAAAUAUAAUUGUUAUUUAUUUUUUAUUUUUUUGGAUAUGUUGUACAAAUUUGGACCAUAUUUUCUUAUACAGGAAAUCAAGAAUUUUUCUUUUUUGAUGCA